CGGAGGCGCAGCGAGCUCGUUUGGGGCGCCGCGGCGGGGAGGGUGGCGGCCACCCGUGCGCGCGGGGCGCUGUGUGUGCGCGCUCUCCCGCUCGGGGAGGAAGAUGGCCCAGAAGGGAAAGUUGGGGUGACGCGCGCAGCCCCAGGAGGCCCGGCGAAGGGUGCCGCGGCGAGCCCGACGGAGCGGCGGCCAGAGAGGCCGGGGGGCGAGCGGUCCGGGCGCCGCCGCCAAGGCGCCCGCCCCCUCACUGCAGGUGGCCGCCGCGGCGCUGGGGCCCGGCGGCCGGGGGAGCGGGCGGGCGCUCGAGGGACCCCGGCAGAGGGAUGGGCUGCGCCCCCAGCAUCCACGUCUCGCAGAGCGGCGUGAUCUACUGCCGGGACUCGGACGAGUCCAACUCGCCCCGCCAGACCACCAGCGUGUCGCAGGGCCCCGCGGCCCCACUGCACGGCCUCUUCGUCCAGACCGACGCCGCCGACGCCAUCCCCCCGAGCCGCGCGUCCUGGCCCCCCGGUGCCGCCCGCGGCCGCAGGGCCCGCGGUGAGCUGGGCAGCGGCAGCAGCGCGGGCUCCACGGCCCCCGCGGCGACCACCUGCAGGGGCCGGAGUCGCCACUGCUGCAGCAGCGCGGAGGCCGAGACCCAGACCAGCUACACCAGCGUCAAGCAGGUCUCUUCUGCAGAGGUACGCAUCGGGCCCAUGAGACUGACGCAGGAUCCUAUCCAGGUUUUGCUGAUCUUUGCAAAGGAAGACAGUCAGAGUGAUGGAUUCUGGUGGGCCUGUGACAGAGCCGGUUACAGAUGUAAUAUUGCUCGGACUCCGGAGUCAGCCCUGGAAUGCUUUCUAGAUAAACAUCAUGAGAUUAUUGUGAUCGACCACAGACAAACUCGAAACUUUGAUGCAGAAGCAGUGUGCAGGUCGAUCCGGGCCACAAAUCCCUCGGAGCACACGGUGAUUCUUGCGGUGGUUUCACAAGCAUCCGGCGACUAUGAAGAGGCCUCAGUCCUCCCUCUUCUGCACGCAGGCUUCAACCGGAGAUUUAUGGAGAAUAGCAGCAUAAUUGCUUGCUAUAAUGAACUGAUUCAAAUAGAACAUGGGGAAGUUCGCUCACAGUUCAAGUUAAGGGCCUGUAAUUCAGUGUUUACAGCAUUAGACCACUGUCAUGAAGCCAUAGAAAUCACAAGCGAUGACCACGUGAUUCAGUAUGUCAACCCAGCCUUCGAAAGGAUGAUGGGCUACCACAAAGGUGAGCUCCUGGGGAAAGAACUCGCCGAGCUGCCCAAAAGUGACAAGAACCGGGCGGACCUUCUUGACACCAUCAACACCUGCAUCAAGAAGGGCAAGGAGUGGCAGGGGGUUUACUAUGCCAGACGGAAAUCCGGCGACAGCAUCCAACAGCAUGUGAAGAUCACUCCAGUGAUUGGCCAAGGAGGGAAAAUUAGGCAUUUUGUCUCCCUCAAGAAACUGUGUUGUACCACUGACAAAAAUAAGCAGAUUCACAAGGUUCAUCGUGACUCAGGAGAUAAUUCUCAAACAGAGUCUCAUUCAUUCAGACACAAGAACAGGAGGAAAGAGUCCAUUGAUGUGAAAUCAAUAUCAUCUCGAGGCAGUGAUGCACCAAGCCUACAGAAUCGUCGCUACCCAUCCAUGGCAAGGAUCCAUUCCAUGACCAUCGAGGCUCCCAUCACAAAGGUUAUAAAUAUAAUCAAUGCAGCCCAAGAAAACAGUCCUGUCACAGUAGCAGAAGCCUUGGACAGAGUUUUAGAAAUUUUACGGACCACAGAACUGUACUCCCCUCAGCUGGGUACCAAAGAUGAAGAUCCCCACACCAGUGAUCUCGUGGGAGGCCUGAUGACUGAUGGCUUGAGAAGGUUGUCAGGAAACGAGUAUGUGUUCACUAAGAAUGUGCCCCAGAGUCACAGUCACCUUGGGAUGCCAGUAACCAUCAACGAUGUCCCCCCUUCUAUCGCUCAAUUACUUGAUAAUGAGGAAAGCUGGGAGUUCAACAUAUUUGAAUUGGAAGCUGUGACACACAAAAGGCCAUUGGUUUACCUGGGCUUAAAAGUCUUUUCCCGGUUUGGAGUAUGUGAAUUUUUACACUGUUCUGAAACUACCCUUCGGGCCUGGCUCCAAGUGAUUGAAUCCAACUACCACUCCUCCAACGCUUACCACAACUCCACUCAUGCCGCUGAUGUCCUGCACGCCACUGCCUUCUUCCUCGGAAAAGAAAGAGUGAAGGGAAGCCUCGAUCAGCUAGAUGAGGUGGCUGCCCUGAUUGCUGCCACAGUCCAUGACGUGGAUCACCCAGGAAGGACCAACUCUUUCCUGUGCAACGCAGGCAGUGAACUCGCCGUGCUCUAUAAUGACACUGCUGUCUUGGAGAGUCACCACACAGCCCUGGCCUUCCAGCUCACGGUCAAGGACAGCAAAUGCAACAUUUUCAAGAAUAUUGACAGGAACCAUUAUCGAACACUGCGCCAGGCUAUUAUUGAUAUGGUUUUAGCAACAGAGAUGACAAAACACUUUGAACAUGUGAACAAAUUUGUGAACAGCAUCAACAAGCCAAUGGCAGCUGAGAUUGAAGGCAGUGACUGUGAAUGCAACCCUACUGGGAAGAACUUUCCUGAAAAUCAAAUCCUGAUUAAGCGCAUGAUGAUUAAGUGUGCUGACGUGGCCAAUCCAUGCCGCCCCCUGGACCUAUGUAUCGAAUGGGCCGGAAGGAUCUCCGAGGAGUACUUUGCACAGACUGAUGAAGAGAAGAGACAGGGGCUACCUGUAGUGAUGCCAGUAUUCGACCGGAAUACCUGUAGCAUCCCCAAGUCCCAGAUCUCCUUUAUUGACUACUUCAUAACAGACAUGUUUGAUGCUUGGGAUGCCUUUGCACACCUGCCAACCCUGAUGCAACAUUUGGCCGAUAACUACAAACACUGGAAGACGUUAGAUGACCUAAAGUGCAAAAGUCUGAGGCUUCCAUCUGACAGCUAAAGCCAAGACAGAGAAGGUGACCUCUUGAUCUACAAAGGGCACUGUGAAUCACAGUAGUGUAAACAAGAGGCUUUCCUUCAUAAUGAAAAUGACAGGUGUAGGUUAAGGAGCUAAUGUUUAAUAUCUGACUUUUAAUCAUUCAACUUCCCAAAUUUCAUUUUUAGAAAAUUAUGUUCCAUGAAGAAAAAUUUUGAACAAUCACUUAGUGACAGAACAAACACAUGGCAAAAUCCUUUGCCCUGCUGUCAUCCUGUCUGCCCUCAUCAAACCCUGCAGCUGAUUCACUGUAACUAGCAGGAGACAUGCAGCAAAGACUUGGUGCCCACGAGCCCACCAUCUCUGUGGAUGAUGGACCAUGUAGCUUAGCUAGUGGUUUAGCUCAUCUUUUACCAUGAAAGUCACCAUCACUGUUUAGCUUGACUAUUUUCCUCAAGAGCAUCAAUCUAAAAGGCUCAUAAGAAUAUCUAAGAAAAGAAACCCAUAUAAAGUGAGCAAAACAACUAGGACCAAACUGCUGAUAAACUAGUUAGCUUCAGAGCCUCCAUGGCUAGGUGGUUCUGAUCAAUGGUGUAACACCCAAGUUAGAACAUAGUCUGUCUUGGCCUGGUGAGUGCCUUCUCUAGACUGGUAUCAGCAGCCUGUGUAGUCCUCUCUCCUACAAAAGGGAUUCAUCUUAACAGAAAGUCAACCAUGAUGGGGAAGGAAGUGACAUCUUGUCUGUGGGGAAUCCAAGAGCUUUCUCCCUUUAUUUCUGGUUUACAGAGGCAGUUACAAGGCACUACAGUAGGUAUUAUAUACAAGCCAUUAAUCUGAAUGCCCUUGGACAAGCUUUUUUUUUAAAAAAAAAAUUUAUAUACAUUUGCUGUUUAAAAUUUUUAUUAAAGCAAUCUAAAUUUUCAGGGUUUAAGUCCAUGGAGUACGUUGUGCCGAGUACUGAGGAGACAGAGGAAGUUUCAAGGUUCAGAUGUUUUUAACCUAUCUAUAUUUAAGAUCAUGCCAUUUUGCUUUAAUGAUGAAAAAAAGAUUGCAAGGUGUGUAAAUAUAUCAGAAAAUAGCAUAUGGGGAAGCAGUAAAUACUAUUUUAAGCUAUUAAUUGUAUGCUAAAAGCUUCUAAAGCACAAGUGCAUAUUUUUAUACAGCUCUUUUCACAACUUUCUGUGGUCUACAUGAAGUCAGACUUGAGAUUUUCUUUUCUCUUUUACCAGCCAACCCUUCUCUAUGUAUUAUAAAUUAGAGAUUCUGUAAACAAAAUCUUUGUUUUUCUUUCAAAUUCUCUGUACUUCAUGCUGCAUUUCUAAGAGGUAUAAACAGAGACUAAAUUAACUGAACCAGUAGUUAGUUACUUUUUUCAAAUGAAAAUUGGAAUGCAGAACACGUGGACCUAGUACAUGGGGGCAAAAAUUACUUACCACUACAAAACAUGCCAAUGUUUUUUUCUAUGUUUUGUACCAACAAAUGGAAACAUAUAUGACAAUUCCAUGCAAAGAAAUGUACCUAAAUUAUUUUUGUUAGAUGGUAAGAGAACUUGCUUGGUCAGGACAGCAGCUAGCUUUGUAUUGUAAUGCUGCACUAAGUAAAUGUGAUGAAAAUGUUUUUGUGAAGUACUUGUAACUAAAUUCCUACAGCCAUUUUUCAUUCCUAACAGCUGUUUUUAUUUUACCUCUUUGGCCUAAAUUUUUCAUAAUUUCAAUAUUUCGGUUUAGUGUUCUUUAUUUCAUGAGUCACACGCUUUGUUUUCAGAACACAUUAAAUUCAGGAUGUCAGAAUCCCAUUUUAAGGAGCUAAAUAAUUUGCCUAGGCUUCAGAAGCUUGCCUGAAGCAACGACAAUCUUUUCUUGACCAUCUCGCUUUUGGUUCCAUUUGGUAAGUGACAUUCAUCAGAUGUCUGACAUUUUUCUAUGUGAAUGUUUGUUAAAACUGACUCAGUAUAAUUUCAAAUUAAUUUCAUAUUAACACUGCCAGGUACUAAAGCUUUAGCAUAGCUCUGCUCUUUAUCAGUGUAAUCUACUAUGGUGUAAUCUUCUACUGAGUUGCUAACUAAAUAGUGCAUUCCUCCAAAUAGUCUUUCAGAUGGUAUGUGUAUCAGAUGAGUGAGUAUAAACUAUUAUAAUUGUCUCUCAUACUGAGCAUAAGUCUGUGUUGAGGGGAACCCUAUUAAUUUAGGAAAAUAUGACAUGAUCUAAACUAGAGAGAAGUCACAUUACUACUACUACUUAACCAGAAGUUAGUUAUAAAACACUGUUACCGGGACCAGAAUAACCCUAUAAUUUAAUUAGGUUAUUCUUUACUUCCAAUUUAAGAUUUUAAAAUAUGCUUACCUUCAGAGUUAGGACUGCUUAGUCUUGUGGACAAAGAACAAGCCUCAUCUAUUAAUCAGAACGCACUCAACUUGAGAAAGAUAAAUACAAUGUCCCUCAAGUUUAGGCUCUUGAUUGUGUUAUGUGAGUAAGCCAGAGAAUGAGGUAAUAAGGGUAUUUUUAAAUAAAAAUGACAAGGCCCACUGCAUAGUAUUACUUCUGGUGUUGCAAAUAUAACAGCACUGAAAGCUAAGCUAGGGAAAUGGAAAAAAUGCACAUAAUAUUUAUCGACCUCAGUUAUAGUUGUAUUCUUCUAAUUUGAAAGUUCAACUUUUUGCAGCACUCUGCAUACAACUAGUAAGCAGCCAUCAAAGUCUGAGUCUCUGCUAGAUUUUCCCAUCUCACUGUUUUACUCCAUCUCUGACCUUAGGGCAUUCAUGAAAGCAAAAACCAUCAAGUUCCCAUGAAUGGGUUGGAGGUUUUCCUCUAGAUUUUAAUAACAGAGGGACUCACAGCGGUACUUUCAUCAGUACUAUUUGCUCCCCCAACUCACCUGUGGUUUGUAUCAUUCACGUGAAUAGAUUACUAUUACAUAAUACUAAUCCAGAACAAAUUAGGGAAAAAAGCAGUUAAGAAUCUAUGAAUUCCUUUUAUAAUUCAUUGACUAUCUUAUACAAUUCAAGAAAACUUUAAAACUCAUGACCUAAUAGUAGAAUCUCCAAAGAAAAAGCUAGCUGGUAAUAAGAGAAAGUCCAUCUAUGGAAGAAAAUUAAAAGCCUAACAAUGACUCUGAUCAAUAAUCUGAUGCACUCAGCCCAAAAUGCAUGUCUGCCUGGUUUAGGAAUCCUACCCACGUUCCAAUUUCAGGAUAAAAGAUUAGCAGUGCCUCAGUAUGACUGCUCAGAUACGUAUGCCAUGAUAACAACAAUCUGUCGGCUAAGAGGCAGUGCUAAUUUUUCUAUUCACAUUCUUCUAUUAUGUAAUGGUGGUUACAUAAAUUUUAUUAUAUUUCUCCAUAAAGGUAUUUUCAUUGUGAAUUAAAACAGAAACAAUGACUAUGAACAUUAUCUGGUUUUGCUCAAGGGGUAAUCAUACAACCCUUCUCUCUCAUUCCAGUCAUGUUCAAUUUCUGUUUUUAAAUUCGUUUACUGAUGCUAAUGAGAAUUGAGCUAACUAACUGGAAGGCCUUACCUGACUGGGCUUCAGCUUCCUUAUUUAUAACAUUAUGGCACUGGUCUGGCAUAGAUGACCAUAGCUCUUCCAGACUUUGUAGGUAGUUGAGGAAACAACAACUGUCAAAGGUAAAACUAGUGACACUAGUGACAACAAUUUACAAAGAUUCCAUUAGGGUGUGUGUGAUGAAAAAAUAAAUCCAGAAAGUGUUCUUUGAGAAGGAUUAGUCCUCUGACACAUCAGCCACCUGGUGUUUACUUCAAUACGAUUCUUUCAUCAGCAGUUUAAGAUUAACUCCACAAUUAAACCCACCCAUUUUUUAAUGUAUGGAACACUUUUUAAUUUUUAUUCUUUAGUACCAAAAGGGAGAAAGAGUGCUCUAAGGCUGAUGGGGUGAUGAAGAUGAUUAAAUCUCAGUGGUCUGCAAGAAACUCAUAAGUGAUGCCUGUCUCAAGCAUUUCAUAUUUGAGCCAAUGGUAAGAUGAAUCAGGCACUUUGAAAACACUGUAACUUUACUGAUCUAGCUCUCAUCUCUGGCAUAUAUGAGGGGCUGCUGCUGGUCUAUUACCAAGAAUCUAGUCAAUAGCUGCUCAGGCUAGGGGGAAAAAAUACACUGUAAUAAGAUUCCUCCUGAUUUGUGUUUAUAGGGAUUUUAGUAGCUAGAAUUUAAAAAAAAAAAGGAUUUAAACAAA